CGUGCAUAAUGUGAGUACAGGAAACUUUACAGACGACACUAUGUGUGUACCCUGACAUCUGCUAAGGUAAUGCUAUUAUAAGCACUGAAGUAACAACAUCCAAACGUUACACAAAAAAACAUCAAAAAUCAUGGAAGCGCCGAUACUUUAUACUUUAUAUGUUUGGUGACAACACCGUACUACAGAAACCAUGAAAAAAAGGGGAAGCCUGUGGGAGAGAUAGAUCUUUCAAAGGUCAUUUUGAUUUGUACAUGCCCUGAGAAACAUCAGAUGUCGGACUUCAAGUGUUCGUCUGCUUCCGUGAUGUUUCUGAGGGUGGAAGACUUCAUGCCAAAAUCUGCAAGAGGAUAUUUUCUCAUUGGAGAAAAUAGUGAGGAGGUGGAUGGAUGGAUGGCUGAACGAGUUAUUAAAAGUUGUGCGAGAAACCAGACUUCAACAAGACAUGAGAUUUAGGUUCCAGUCUCAACGUUUCAUAAAGCCGGAUCUAUCUGACAUUCGCCGCGUUCAGUCGUCCACACCUAUACGUAUACCUCUAACUGAGCGUUCAGACCGCCGCCGUCGAGAGCGUCAAAAAUCGCUCUGGCCGCCCUGCCAACAACGCUGUAGAAAGAGUCUUGGGCGCGCUGACGCACUGACGUAAAUCGAAAUCUUAUCUUGUAUUUAAAGGGACCGCAAGCAAACAAGCUUGUUGAUCUUGUGCAGACUGACCACAAGAAAUUGAUCGGUGGAAAGAACUUUAUUGUAGUUACACGUUUGCUAACGAAAUAAACCAAUCAAAAGCCAUUUGUGUGGUGUGGCUUUUGUGUUCGUGGUUAAGUGCUAGUCUAAUUUCAACAUUAUAGGAGACAUUUACUAGCCUUGGUCUUUAAUUAACAUUAAUUUGUGUGCAACCUACAUUACAAACUCUCCUGGUCGAAGUGUAAGGUUAGCUUUAAUGCAGUUGGUCAAAGCGGUGUUAUUUUGAGCAAAUGUAUUUCAUUCCCGCUGGAAAACAAGCGUUCUGAUGUUGCAUAUAAAUAGUUUAUUUAAUAUUCUGCAGCAGUAACACUGUUUUGCAUGCUCUGGAGCUAAAGUUAGCAUGAAAUUCCCGCUUAUUUACAGAAAAAUUAUAACGUUAAUGCACAUCAUCAGCAACUCAACAGGAAAACAAACAAUCUCAGACACUUUGGUCCACGCAUAAUUUUUUUUUUUUAUGUCCCUGUACGCAAACAGGGACGCGUCGUAUAGGAUUGGGAAACCCGCCACAGCAAUUACCAACUUCUCCAUUUUGCUUGGGAACUAAUGUGGUCGGAACCAAAGUUUACAGGGCUGCUUUCUCUGGAAUCAUCUCAAGCGACGGACUUCUACGUUCUGAUUGGUUGCCGCCGAACCGCGUCAUAGCUCAUUACCAUAAAGUUGACCUGAUUUCAACUCUCCUUGACGCCCUCAACGGCCAAGACGCGCCGCGCCGCUCCUCGCCGCUGCUCGCCGCCGCUCGCCGCCGGCUCACAUUGAAAAUGAAUGACUUACGGCCACUUUGACGCUGUCAACGGCGGCGGUCUGAACGCACAGUAAGCCACUGCCACAUAGCCACUACAACAUUCUUCGCAAGUUCAGUGAUUGACGAUGACACUGAUGAUAUAGAGGAACAGCCUGAAACUUCAGAGGACAACAGUGAAAACAUGGAUAUGCCAUCAGUGUUUAUACGGAUAUCAGAUAUCCGUUUAUACGGUGCUGCUUUAAGAGUAUGGAUCGUUGACUUAACAGUUUGUAUGUUUUUAUUAUAGACAGUUUUAGUGUGUGCUUCAAGUACAUUUUGCAUUUGCUGUCAUCAACACCAAAACACAAUAUAUGCAGCGAGCACUGGUUUGGACACAAUCUGGGUUUUGAAGCAGACCAUAAAAAUCUGUCUGCAACAGCAAAAUCUGGUCAGAAGUCCUGUAAUGUGAGCUUGCCUUUAGAAACAGAGAGGUGAUAUUCAUCUUUUUUAGCAAGGGUUGUAACGAGACUUAGGGUGCAAUUCAGAUUAGUUGAUCAUCAAAGAUUCUUAUGCAUUUAGUCCCCUUCAAUACAGUUACACCCUUGAUUUUAGUGUUUAAAACAUUUACAUAGUUUGUGUUUCAGAGAAAUUAAGUAUUUUUUAUGAUAUUGCAUUAUCUUUUUUGCUAUGUUUAAUGCUGUGGUUAUAAAACUGUGGUUUUGCAUUUCUUGCCAUUUUGAAAAUGUAUGUUUAUUUUGUAGUGAAACAUACAUGUCCAUUGAGAAGGAGAUCUGCAUUAAACUGAAUAAUCUGAAUAAAAGUUUGAUCUUCAUACAGGAAGAAGGAAAACUAUGUGUGUCUGAAUGUAUGCGUGGUAGGACAAUCCGAUGGAUGAAAUUUCAGGACAUGGGCAUAAGGGAAUCCUUUACCUUUCCUAGUUUCUGGAAGAAACAAAAGUGCUCAAGCUUCCUCCUAAACCAUCAGAGCAUGCACACUGCGAGUGCAAGAUAACAGAAGACACUGUGUGACAUCUGCUACUUAAGGACUUAACCAACAGCAUCCAAAUGUUCACCAAACAUAGAUCAACAGCACCAACUGCAAAAUUUUACAAUAAUAAUGAACCACCAAAGGUGGAAGAGUUGUACAGCGGAUACCUGCACAAGUCCCCUGCUCUCUCUGGCAUUACUAAAGGACUGGGCAAAACAUGGAGGCGCCGUUUCUUUGUACUUUACAAGAAGGAUGAGAACACCUAUUAUCUGGCAUACUACAGAAACAACGAGAAGAGGGAGAAGCCUUUGAGGAAAAUAGACCUUUCCAAGGUCACUUUGAUUUGUACAUGCCCUGAGGAACAUCAGAUGUGGGACUGGAUCCAGAAAAAUUUCAAGUGUUUGUCUGCUUCCGUGCUGUUUCUGAGGGUGGAAGACUUCAUGCCAAAAUGUGCAAGAGAAUAUUUCCUCAUUGGAGAAAACAGUGAGGAGGUGGGUAAAUGGGAGAAGGAGUUAUUGAAAGCUAUAAGGACUUUAGGGAAUAAAGUGCGAGUGACAUAUGGCAGUCCUCAAAAGGACAUUAGAGGAAGAGCAAUAUCUGAGCCUAUACCCAAGUCUCCACCUUGUGAUGAAGGGACAAGGGUAAUUGACCCCAACACCUUUCGGUGGUCUGAACCUACAUUCUCUUCCCAGACAAGGCCAAACAGGCAUUAUGAUAUUCCUAAAAAUUAUGCAACAACAGCAUGCAAGUUAGAUGUUUGCAGUGAUGAUGAUGAUGAUGAUGAUGACGAUGAAGAUGAUACAGAAGAAACUCCAGAGGACAUCAGUGAAUACAUGGAUAUGGCAUCAGUCCAUGAGGUGUUACAGAAUCACUCGGAAGAGGAAGCAUUCUUUCAGACAAAUAGGCCUACAGCCACCAAAGCUGUUGAGUCCAGCCAGGAUUUGUGCAGUGCUGCAGAAAACCAGAAGAACGACAGUUCAAUGAGACGAAACAGUGCAGAGUUGAGGUGUUCGAUGGGCUCUCUUUCGGACUUUAAUGGAAAUUGUGCUUCUACAGAGAUAAACAAGAGUGAAACACAAACACCUGUUGAAAAGGAGAUCUGCGUUAAGCUUAAUGACCUGAGUAAAACAUUGAUCUUCACACAGGAACAAGGAAAACUAUGUGUGUCUGAAUGUAAGAAGAAUGAGACCUCACAUUUGUUCCAUAAGGGGGAUCAGAUCCUGGCAUUCAAUGACCUGCUGAUAGACACAGUGGAGGAGAUACAGGCAUACCUUAAAAGGCUUAGCAAGGAUGAGGUUAAACUGACUAUUCGACGGUAUCCGGGAUCCCAGCCUUUCCAUGCUGAAUCCUUAUUAACCACCUGAAACAAAACGACACGCUUCAAGUCUACAAUGAAGAGUUCCUUCUUGUAGUGAUUUGUAAAAACGGCACUUUGAUAGACCUGGUCUGAAAAACACAUUAGCAGAAGAUCAUCAGACAGCACCCACUCCUCUUCUGUAUCUUCUGUAUCUUAUGUAUUACGACACAACGACCUUUAAAUGUUACUCAAUUAUAGCAACCAUAACUGUAUAUAAAGUAUGAAGAUAAAAUUAUAGGAGACUGGUAAUGGGUAUACUGUAUGUGACCAUAAGGCACAAGUAUUACGCUGACAUAUGUAGGUUAAUCCACUGUGAAAACGUUUGACUUCUUUAAAGCUGCACUUUUCUUUUUUACACUGAGACACUUUAAUAUUUGUAUCCAAAUGUUUCAUUCUGGAUUUUGUUUUGUUGCCCGAAAAUCAUAUACGGUUGCAUUUAUACUGGUAUUAUAAUUAUUCAUAUUAUUUUUCCACAUUGUUUUAUUGUAAACUGUUAUUAAAGUUUUUAUAACAGUCAAUAUUUGUGUGUACUUGGUUCAAGGGUAAAACCUUUUUAUAGAAUGUAUAGUGUUGAAUUGCAGUUUGGAGACAGUAUCGUAGGCUGUCUGUGCUGAAGAACACGGACUACUUUCCGAAAGAAUGUGAACCUGUAAGCAUGUUUUUAAAGAUACUUUCCUCAUAGAGGAAAACUAGUUUGUCCAGAUUUAUUUGCGUCACAUCCAAGAAACUUGGUUAAAGGUUAAAAAUUCUUUCAUUACUGCCUAUAUGUAUUAAGGAAAAACAGGUCUCUUUAUAUUUAAGUUAAAAACCCAAACUUGUUCUUAAAUUUAGAAUCUUAAUUAAAAACUACAAUUUCAAAAAAUCAUGUUAAAAUGACUCCGGAGAUUUUUUUUGUUUUUUAUUUUAA